AUGGUGCGUCGACCGUUCAUCAAGGCAGCACUCGAUGGAGUGCUACCAAGCAAGAAGCUCAAGCGACAGAUCGAGCACAUGCAGGGGACGCUCCACCACGCCCACGAGGCGUACGAGCAGGCCACCCACGACCUCGCCGCCAUGAGUACACAGAUAGACAGCCUCAGCGCGGAGAACGCGCAGCUACGCGCAGACCUGGAAGCCGCGCAGGCCAAGGUCGCGCAGCUCACGGCCGACCAAACCGCCCUCACGGAAGCCCACGAAAUGCGUGUCUACCGUCUCGAAGCCGAGCUGCGGCUACAGGACGCGCUCAAGCUCCGAUUCAAUGCCGAGCGCAUGGCGUCCGAGCUCGAGGCCAUGCAGGCGCACGCUGAGCACCAGCGCCGCCUCAACCAGCUCGAGAGCGACCUCAUCAUGGCCCGCGAGACCCUCCACUGCUUCAUGCGCCAGCAGGCCAAGCUCCGUGCCAGCGGCCAAGGCGACAUCAUGUCGGCCGCGCAUGUUCACGCGCUCGAAGCCAAGUGCCGCGAUCUCAAUGACGACCUCCACGUCUACAUGCAGCUCAACGCGUUUCUGCGCCAAGAGAACAACGAGAAGACGCUCGCGCUUCAAGCCGCUCUGCACAACUUGUAUGACGCCAAGCGCAAAACGCUCAAGUCGCCGAGGAAGCCAGCGCUGGUGGUCGAGCCAGCACCCGAGUACAUUGAGGAUUGCACGUCGAGCUCGGACAGCGAGGACUUGAACCAAGAGACGCAAUACGUCGACUGGGACGCCGACCACGACGCCGCCGUCUUUCAGAGCCUCCACGGUCUCAUCCAGAAGCGCGCUCUGAAGGCACUGACGCCGCUGCAGAUCCCCACCAAGCCGGCGAGUAGCCGCAUCCACCACGCCAAGGGCAUGGUACGCAAGCGCAGUCCGCGCAAGCCCCACGCGAGCCCGAAAGGCAAGACGUCCAAGGUCUGCCACACGGCCGAGGCCACCGCAGUCUGCUGCAUCUAA